AUCAACUUUAUUUUUUCUUAUAGUCUCAUCAUGUUGGAGUCAAAAAGUGCGCUUGUUUAUAAUACAAUCACUUUUUCAAGAUUUUAUUCAAUAUGUCAAUAGAAGUCACUGAUAUUCAGAGAGUUUUGACAGCUUCCGUGAAAUUGCAUUUCGAUAAGGUAUUUUCUCAUUGGUUCAAGUGACUGUCAAAUAUUAGUGUUAGUGAAAUCCACUCAUUGUUGCUGUUGUAGCUUUAAAAUAUAAACUUUCCUUGUGUGGUAAAAUACCACAUUGGUUGAAUUCCAGUUUGGUAUGAUUAUUCAAAAUUCAUUAAACUUUAAGAACCACGAUAACUAGACCACAAAUAUGUAUUUUAGCUAAACAUGUCUUAUUACAAGUAACAAUAUAUUUUUUUGGUGGAAUACCAUCGUACUUCCAUAAAUUCUGUAUUUUUAAUCAUUUACUAAUGGCUUCCUAUUUUCUUGGUACCAAUUGGCUAAUUGCUUUCGGUACUAUAAGUAAAAUCUUCAGACCAUGUUGGUCUAUCUGUAACGGUGAUUUACUUCAGUAGCUUUCUGUACCAGUGAAUUGUUUUUAGCUAUUCUCGUAGUUGUGUUGAAAUUAUAGGACAUCCUCUUUUCAUGGCGAGUUUUGUAAAUACGUAUAUCAUACCUGAGUGAUAUUAAGGUCAUUGAAUGAAUUUUGUUCGUGAAUUGUAAAUGAAAUGUAAAGGUUUGAUGUUAGUAUUCGUUAUCACUGAUUGUGGAUCUAUUAGAAACAAUUUUAGACAAUGCAUAAUUCUUAUGCUUCAAUGAUAACGAAUUGCACUAGUAAGACCUCCAGUAGAAGCAGUAGAUAUCAUUUUGAUGAAACAUCUUUAUCGCCGUGUGAAGGCCAAUAGGUCAGGCCUACAACAUCAUUUUCCAGUUUUAACCUAUCUACGUGUCUUAUUAAAAGAACUCGUCAAUCUGUUGCUUCUAUUGGGAUAAGUAAACUGACUGAAUAAAUCAUGUGAUUGAUACCAACACCAAUAUAUAUUUAAUCAUUUCGUCCUUUUUGAAAUUGCGCGAUUUUUUAUACGACGAGAAUUUUGUAUUGUAAAUGAGGGUGAUAUAAUAACUGUAACGAAAAGCUGAAGAAGACUGAACAUUUCUCGUGGAAAAUAUUUUGAUGAACAUUUUUAAAGCUUUGCUAUGACUUUACGUUCAGUUUUGAACGUAUUGAAUGUCGAACUUUUUAGCUUAAUAUGAAGCGAUCGGAAAUAAUAAAAUAGCCGUGAUUUUGAGCCGCAUCAUUAUCGUAAUCGCCCAGUAUCAUCAAAAAAAUGCUCUAUGUUCUGUUUUGUUCAAAUAACGUGUCACAAGAGCACAUGAAUGCUUCAAUGCUCAUUAUGGAUAAAAUUCAAACAGCGGCAUUACAGGAACACCUUUGUCAAUAAAGUGGCGUUGAUUUAAGGGUUGUCAAUGCAUUUCCAUUUGCUUGAAAUGUGCAGGGUGUCCAGUAUUCGAUGAUAUUACCGGGUAUCUGGUAUCACAAGUAAAGAUCGAGUUCCUGUUUUCGCAAUACUGUGCUACUUUUUUGUGGAAAAAAUUUCAUAGCCCCUUCAUUUUUGUGAUACAUGGCAAAAUUGAAAAUAUUGCUUUUUUACACCCCUCCAUAUCCCCGUUAUCCUUCAACAUAUCGCACAGCUAAAAUCUGGCCCUCACACAGUUUUAUGCGUAGAAUAGUAGUAGAAUAAUAGCUUAGUCAAAUUUUUGCUAUGAGCUGUCAAUUUUUAUCUAUGAAUCUCGCUUGAUUGAAAAUUGUAUAAGCUGGACAGAAAUAUGCAACACAUGAUAUGUAUUUUAAAUAAUAAACCGAAAAUACAUAAUUUCAUAAAAUGUCCAUAUACCUACGCGUUAUCAUAGUGUGUAUUAAUAUAGUAAUAGUAAGCGUUGACUCUGUUAUAGGUAUACAUAUUAUUUGUUAUAGCAUAUUACAGACACAUACAUAUUAAAAAAGCUAAAUCUAAGUAAGCUUUGAACAAUUUUAUACACUAACGGAUAAUGGAACUAAACAAAACUUGUAAUAUUUCAUGUUAAUAUUAACAUAAAAUUAACCUAAAUAUUAACCCCUUAAUAGACUUUUACAUUAAAGGAACUACUCAAAUUUAAUUUAAAACAAUUAUGGAAUGCCCUUGCAAGUUUUGAAAUACCGCAUUGGUAAAUCUUAUUCUUUUAAUAGCCCCACAGAAAAAAUCUAGAACCGAUAGAUCGGGCGACCGUAGAGGCCAUCUAAUUGGGCUAUUCGUACCAAUCCAUUUCUGCAGAAAAUUAUUGUCCAAAAAAGUUUGAACAAUUCGGGCAUUGGUUUGUUUUGUUUGGUUGGCACGCCGGCGAAAUUUUGAAAAAUAUAACCAUUUUUUAAAGGGUUGCCUAAUCAAAGUAUGUUCAAAAACUUAUUUCAUUUGAUAGAAUGUCAUUUCUAUCUGGUUGACACACCUCUGGAGGACGAUUUUAGUUCGGAUCCUCUACUAUAAAAAAUAUAAUAUUACACAGAAAAUAUAAAUUUUGCAACUGACAUGUUUUGACAACGGCUUGGAUUCCAUUGUUCUACUAAUCACGCUCAUUAAUAUUCAUACAAUACAUACCAAGUGUGUCGUAUAGGGACAAAUUUUUUGAAAUUAUGAAUUUUUGAUUUAUUAUUUGAAAAACAUAUCAUGUGUCUCUAUUUUUGUAAAGCUUAUAAAAUUCUCAAAUUUCAAACGAAAAGUCUCAUUAAAAAAACAUAAGUUUGAUUUAUAGCUAAAAAUGACAUCUCGUAGAAAAAAUUUGACUGCGCCACUGGAUUCUCCGUGAAAAAUUGUACAAGAGAUAGCUUAGAAUAACGGAGAUACGAGGGGGUGAAAAAUGCAAAUAUUUUCAAUUUCGCCCUGUAUCUCAGAAACCAAGUGGGCUGUGAAAAUUGUGUUUAUACCAUCUUUCCUUUCACAAAAACUAGCACUUUAUUGUGAAAGCCGUAACUCUUUAUCUUUACUAGUAAGUGAGAUACUCAGUAAUAUCGUCGAAAAUGGGACACCCUAUACAUUUAACCCCCUUAAGUCAAGAGUGCGGCAGGUCAGUGAGUCGCAAGACACCUUCAUACCUACUCAGAUUACAAACGAGCAAAUAAUCUUGCAAUAUUAAUACUUUUGUUCGAAGUUAAAACAACUCUCAUUUUCAGUUUAAAAAUCUAAUCCAAACAUCAUAUCAUACUUCAUUGGCUGAUGUUAGAAUAGUAAUCAGUAAUCGUGGCGCAGUAGAAUGGAAUUAUUAAAGGUGUCCAUAUUAGCAUUAAGAACGUAUGCCUUCUUCAUGAGGAACAUGUUCACCAUUCUUCACUGUGGAUGUUGGAUUUUUGAGACCAUUUCUUGCGGCAACAUGAUACGUGUACUUUAUAUUUAUACGAGUGUACGAGCUGUCGCCAACCCUCCUGUAGACUCUAGCAUACACAUUCCAACCUUGUUGUUUUUCCUAGUUUUUGUUGUUUUCGUUUGCUCUCCGUUUUCUUUUUGUUUCUUUAUUUUAUUUUCCUUAGUCAAAGGUAACGGAAGAGGCACACCUGGCUUAUCAAGGUCUUGUGGAGAGUCCUAGUGCUGACGUCACACAGCUUAUGGUAACUAACCCACUAAGGAUACUACGUUCUGGUCUGCCAGUCAUAAAUUCAAGAACUAGAUCUGCUAGCGUAGCAAGUACGCUACCUCCGAAAGUGAAGAAUUCUGUUAGGAAUUCGGUUCCCGAAAAUCUUCACAACCGUCAAGAAUUUCUACACGCAACUCUACCCAGACCAACAUCCAUCUCUCAGCAGUCUUCCACCACACCGUCUGAUCACAAGGACGAGAAUCCGAUCCCAUUACCUCCGCGUGACAAGAGCAAAGCACUGUUGACCGCCAAACCACGUCACACACGCAAAUAUCCGCUGAUCAUCCCCCACUCCAGCCUUCAAAGGACCUUGGACAAGGUCAACAUGGCGUCUUCUCCGCCUAACAGCAGCGAGGAGGUCUUCGAAAAGACGGAGCCAGUGUACACGAAUCAUCUGGCACAAGUCGCGGAGAAGGACCACGAAUCGCAGCAUUUCGAAGAGCAGAUCGAGUCGAAUUUGAAUGCUCUCGAUGAGAUCUUGGUCGAACAGGACGUCGUAGACGGGGAAGCGUUCAGCAAUUUCAAGAACGAAGAUGAGAAGAUUCAUAGCCACCACGUCAGUUGUGAGGAUCUUUUGAAAUUCGCCAAUUCGAAACCGCCAUCAAGAACAAGAGGAAAUGAUUCCGACGAAGUGAGGAUUAUGUCAAAAGUGUUGGGAAAAGAUGUGUCUACCGAAAAGUGCCUACAAGCGCUGGACCAAUCAGACUGGGAUAUGAUGAAAGCAAUAAAAAUUUUAAAACUACAGAAUGUAGUAAGUGCCGAUCUUCAAGCUUGUUUCAAUGCUUUAGAGAAUUCCAUGUGGGAUAUUACCAAAGCUGCUCAAUGGAUGCUCCAACAAGACGGAGAUGUAACUCAAGUGUAAUACGUACUAAAAAUUUAAAAUUGUCUGCGUUAAGUUUUCUGUUCAAAUUUUAUUUAUUAAAUUGUCUUGCCAAUAUUAUAUUCUAUAUUAUGAAAAUUAAUGUUUUGCGUUUUGUUUUUUGAGAAAUUAACAUAUUUAUACAAUAUUAAAGUUUUAUAUGACAACA